GAAAUUGAGAGCUGAAUGAUUGGUCCCGACGCCGCCCGAGCGGGUCAAUGUAUAAUGGGAAUCGAGAGAAUGGACGAAGCUCCUCGCAAAUGAAAAAUGGUUCAAAGACUGCGUUGAUUAUCAAAUAUGAGGUGUUUUUGUGUAUUGUAAGUGUUGAUGAACAUUGGUGCGCGAUUGCCGGACUAUUUUAGUCUUUAAAUGUUAUUUUAAACCAGGGACGAAGUGUUCGUGGAUAAGAAGGGUGUCAUCGAGAAAUGUGAUAGGUCUACGAGGUUUUUUGAGUUAGAGAAUUAAUUAAAAAUAUGAGUGGACGCCCCAGAACAACGUCUUUUGCCGAGGGCAACAAGCAACCCCUUAAUCCUCCAAUAGGCGGUAUGAAGAUAAGCAGUAUAAGUAGCAAACUGGUUUACCUUCACCGAUGUCCGACCUUCAACUCACCUGAAGAUGCUACUGUCAUAACGAAACACGUGCACGCUUGAAGCAAACACUACGUCAAGUCGGCCAAUUCAUCAUAAUUGAAAAAUUUGAAUAGCUACAAUGAACUAUGUAUUCGAAAACUUGAUGUUGAGCACCCCAUGACUUUUAAACAAUAAAUUAACAUCUUUGUAAUA